CCAUCAAUCAGUGUCCGGUUAGUUUUCAUUCCAGCAGUGCAAAAAGGCGGCAGGUUUACUGAAGCAUCCAGUGAAGUGUGUUAAAAGUUUCUUUAAGAGUCUCUGCAAUACAUAACCAAACCAGCAGUCAGUCAGUCCAAGUCCAAAGUUGCUGGCUCUGUAGUGAUUGGGAAGGGCUUUUGGUUUUUUUAUUUGGAAUUGCUGGUUAAGAGCCAGGGCAGGGUUUCGGAUUUUUAUGGACAUACCCGCCCUAGACCGGAUUUCGCCGCGCAUCGGAGAGAACAUUCUCUAAAUCUACUCAGCUCGACGACUGGUUGAACCAGGAAAAGUAACGGGGAACUAUGAAAAAGAUCCGCCGAUGGCUGCUGGCAUUUGCAGUGAUCAUAGCGUUGAUGGUCCGGGUGGAUGGUUUAAAGGCGACAUCGCUGAUCUUCGGACGCAGUCCGGCCUCGACGACCACCACUUCAACGACCAGCAGCCCCAGCACUAGCACCACAAGCACGACAGCCGCCCCCUCAGCGCAUGCCGGAUCAGCCCGACACCUGAGCGACGACGCGUCGGACGAGGAAGAGCCGCAGUCGUCCGAUGAUCAAGGUGAUGAUGGGGCCACAAAACCGCCACUUACCGGCAUUCCACAGAUCGAUUACGUUUGGGAUCCGAAUUUGCCGCGUGAGCUGAGAGGGGCCAACCUUUCGAGCUACCCGUUCCUGGAUUCGGUCCCGGUCGAGGAUGAGAUUGGAUUCACGUGCGAUCCGAAACUGCACGACGGAUUCUAUGCCUCGAUUAAGUACAACUGUCAGCUGUAUCAUCAUUGCGUCAACGGAGUCCGGUACGAUUUCCUAUGUGCCAACUAUACGGCGUUCGAUCAGAAGACCUUCAUCUGUCAUUUUGCUUCCGAAGUGGAUUGCAAAAAUUCGCCUAAAUAUUGGUUUAGGUAA